CCGGAAGUAAAUAGUCCGAGAAGAGAGGCGGGUAACAGUGACACACUUUCUAAAAGUCUUCAUCUCCAUGGUUGAUGUGAGGAUUAAACUCAACAAUUUUGUCAUUUUUCCUUAUUUUAUACGCGUGAUAAGAGUCCAUGUCAAGCAUACUAAGGUGGAAUGGAAGACUACGACACGUUUGUGUUGAAUAGAUUCUCUCAGCUGAAGAGAAACGAUGAGGAACACAAAAUUCCUUUUGCUUCUUACAUUUGCUUCCAUGGGAAUCCUAUCCUGCCACCAGUGCUCACAGUUAAACAACGAGAGGAAAUGCAACAUCACAGAAAAGAUGCUGUCAAACUCAAGUUGAAGGACAAACAGCGAAUGGCUUAUGUGCAAGCAAUUCUCCACAGUGUUCAGCUCAGGAAUUCUCCAACAUUAGAUCAGUUACUUCAAGAACUAAAGGUUGAUGACAAAUCUUUGUGUUCUACUAACUCCAGUCAAUCGAGUCUUCACAGUGCAGAUACUGUACAAGAAAAGACUAGUCUAAACAUCUCACUACCAUCUGGUUGGCUUUCUCCAUCUCCAACAAAUAGUUCUCUUUUCUCCUGUCAUAUGAUUCCUCAAAAUAGUAACCACGGAGGUUGGCCUGUUGAACAACAAGCCUCACAACUAAGUUCUAUUGAUGGUGUCAACUGCUGCUCUGCACCCUCAAGCUGUCAUGAUGAUAUGAAACAUGCCAGAGAUUUGUCAGACACUUUGGACUCACUGAACGUUAGCCAUUGUUCAGUAGGAAUAGAUAAUACGGAUUACUUUUCCCUCCACAACACCUCCAACAGUAUUGCCAGGAGGCCAGAUAUUAUUAGUUAUCCUCCCAUCGAUGGAGAGGAACUGGAGAGAAGUGGACAGGAAUCCUCGUUCUGUCAUGAUUUUAUAGGAAGCAUUGACAGUAGUAAUAGCAUUUUUCCUGAGGGCACUGUCACAAGUGAUCAUCUUCCCGAAGAUAAAUGUGCAAACAGUCAACAGGACAGUGCUAUCAGUCCAGAUCAUUUCCCCAACACUACAUUAUUUUAUGUGGAUGAAAGCAAAACAAUGAUGUCGCUGCAAAGCUCUUCAAGCAAAGCCUCUCAGCCGCAAUGCGUUGAUUUGUGUCCAAGUACUGAACAGCUUAUUCAGUGUGAGCCAAAAACACAGUCAGCAAGCAAACAGGAACCAAAAGUGCAGUCACAGUCGCCUCAUCGUCCCAGCCUCCAGGACCUGCUGAAGAAAUCUCAGGAGUACCGCCGACAACAGAGGAUGCUCAGGAACCAAGUCAAAAAUGCUCGAAUUCAAGAGCGAGCUCCAGAUGAGUCAAGAUUGGAAGAGCAGAGCCUCUCUGACAAGGAGAAUGAUGAGUUUCGCUACAAAAGCGCAGAGGGGAGGAAACCUAAAGAGAGAAGAUGUUUAUUCAACAAAACCGUUAAUUCUACCUACAAAAAAUUCAGUGAAAAGACAUGUCAGGAGGAGUUGAUUUGCAAAAACUUAAAUGGUUAUUCAGAAAGAGUCCCUGAACAAAAUCCCUUCCCUCAACAACACCUUUUAUCAAUUGAAACGUGCCAAAGUCCAGAGGUUUAUCAGCGGACCAGUGAUCAGACAAGCAAAGCUCUCCUUACAUCUGUGGAGGGACAAGGAAACUAUCACUCUAUCCCAGUGCCUAACUUCUGUCAGAGUCCUGUUCACAGUAAAGUUUCAAUCAGAGAUGGCGUAGACAACAUGAGGGGAAAAGCUCUUCUUUCUACAAGCCUGCAUGAAAGCCACACGUCUGGUGAAGGAAGUAACCUGGGACACCAAGGGGAUGGACCAAUUGUUCUUGCCAAUAAUUCCCAGGACAUAAACAAACUAGAGUCCUGCCUCUGCAGUCUAAAAGAACUAAUAUCUGAUCUGUGCAGCUCCAUCAUGGAAAUUGAGGGAAGAUGGGAGGUGAGCUCACAGGUGGAUCAUGUUGGAGAGCCAGGCCAAAAGCACAAUUUGCUUUUAAGUAGACAGUCCCUUGACUCUUGCAGAGACAUUUUGGAAAACAGCAAUGUAGGAGCCAAAUGCAUUCACUCUGGAGCCCAGUGUAUGCAAACUCCCGAUGUUUCUACAAAUGCUGGUUCAAAUCCUAUACUUUGCCAGAAAGUGUCCAUGCUGUUGGAUACAAAUUCCUACCCUACAGAUGUAAAAAGUGAAUUGAGCGAAGAAGGUGACAGUUCCAGUCACCUGCUCUCUCCCAACCAAUCAUUUGAUGUUAAUGCACCACAGUCUGCAAUGUGGAACUUUCAGAGUUCUGGAUCUGAUCAGGUCUCAAGCGAAGAGUUGGAUGAAGGGAAUCAACUAACCCCAGAGAAGGUGGUUGGAACAGAGUCAUCCGUAAUGCGGGAGAACGUGGACAGAAGUUUUGCUCCCAGUGGCAGUGAAGACCUGUCACCUUGCUGCAGGACUCCCACAGCUGCAUCGCCAUGGAGACACAGUCAUGAGGUAGAACUUGGGCAGGUCCAUACUGCUCAGGUUCGAGCUCUGCAAGAAAGGCACAGGAGACAACAGGAAGAAGUGUUCCAGCAAUGUCACAACGUGACGAUGGCGUGCCAUCAUGUCUGAAGGAAGGAAAAAGAGCACUGGUAUCUUUGGGCAGUUUUGUCCAUUCCUCUUUGGAGUACCUUCCAAGCGCCAUCAGAUUGGAUGGGAAACAUUGGUUUUCAUCCAGGAUAUUUCGUUACAUUGCUGCCUUUAUCUCUGUCUAGUAAGAGGGGUGACCAAGAACCGAAUGUGAACCUGUGUGGAGAGAAGAACACUUUCUAGAAGGAAAACCAUCUCCGCAGCAAUCCACCAAUCAGGGAUGAAAGGGACAAGCGAUAGAUAAUGGAUGGAUGGAUGGUAUUGUGGCCAGACGGAAGCCAAUUCUUUGGAAAAAGUUUCCCAGCAGGCACCUGAAACACUCAGAUCAUGAGAAAAAAAAUUAUCUGGUCUGAUGAGACUAAGAUUGAACUAUUGGUGAGAGUGCCAUGCAUAAUGUUUGGAGGAAUCCAGGCAUUGCACAUUGCCAAGCCAGCACCAUCCCUACAGUGAAGCAUGGUGGUUGCAGCAUCAUGCUGUGGGGAUGGGUUUUUUUUGUGGUAAUAACUGGGGUAGAGAGAAUUAUGAAUGCAGCAAUGUACAGAGAAAACCAAUGCUUCUCAUCCAAUCUGAUGGAGCUUUAGAGGUGCCUAAAGAGAAAUGGGUGAAAUUACCCAAAGACUGGUGUGCCAAACUUGUGGCAUGUGUUCGAAAAGACUUGAGGCUGUAAUUGUUGCCAAAAGUGCAUCAACAAAGAAUUGAGCAAAGUCAGUGAUUACUUAUGUACAUCCAUCCAUCCAUCCAUCUUCUUCCGCUUAUCCGAGCUCGGGUCGCGGGGGCAACAGCCCAAGCAGGGAAACCCAGACUUCCCUCUCCCCAGCCACUUCGUCUAGCUCUUCCCGGGGGAUUCCGAGGCGUUCCCAGGCCAGCCGGGAGACAUAGUCUUCCCAACGUGGCCUGGGUCUUCGCCGUGGCCUCCUACCAGUUGGACGUGCCCUAAACACCUCACAUGUACUAAUGUGAUGUUUUUUGUUGUUGUUUUUUUUGAUAAAUAUGCAAAAUAAAAAAUACACUUUUCAUAUUGUCAUUAUGGGGUAUUGUCUGCAGAAAACGACAAAACACAUUCCUUUUUGGACUUUUGAACAAAUCAAUAGGUCGGGAGGUGGGUCUUUUAGUUUGUGUAUGAGUAUGAGUUUCGAACAUGCAAGCAUACAACAUGAUACAUCACAAUUUUCAGUUUCUCUUUUCAACAUGUUCGAAAAGGAGUAGGAAGAAGCAGAGCUUAUUUAAUCCUACCCCUUUUCUUUUACAUAACAGUUGCUAAAACUUGUGUUCACUUCCUGUUCUCAAUGUCUUCACGA